UACUACACUCUGUAGUCAUAAAAGAAAGAAAAUUGUCGAUUGUUAAUAGAAUGUUGGCUCUUAGAAGGUUUUUUACCAAACAACAAUUUAUUAGAAAUUAUGCAUCUGGAAAAAAACUAUUGGAAAUUGCAGAAGAUAAAAAUACAGGAAUUCAUAUAAUAUCUAUGGCAAGAUCUCCAGUUAAUAGCUUAAACCUAGAAUUAUUAGAAGAAUUAAAAACAUCUUUGAUAGAAGUCCAGAAAAACAAUUGUAAAGGCAUUGUCCUGACAUCAUCACUACCAACAGUUUUUUCAGCAGGUUUAGACAUUAUGGAAAUGUAUAAACCAGAUAUUAAGAGAUUUACUGCUUAUUGGCGUACUUUGCAAGAUACAUGGAUGACUUUAUAUGGUUUAGAAAUACCAAUUGCUGCUGCUAUCAAUGGUGCUAGCCCUGCCGGUGGAUGUUUAUUAGCCAUUUCUUGUGAAUAUAGAGUUUUUGUUGAUGGGGAACAUACUAUAGGAUUGAAUGAGACACAAUUAGGUAUUAUAGCUCCACAAUGGUUUAUAGAUCCAUUUGUUAAUACCAUUGGUUACAGACAGGCCGAAUUAGCUUUGUUGAGGGGUUCACUUUUUCGUCCUAAUGAAGCAUUAAAUAUUGGACUUGUAGAUGAAUUGGCAAGUGAUAAAGCAGAAGCCAUUCAAAAAUGCCAAAAAUACAUAUCUUCUUAUGAUAGAAUAUCAAAACAAGCUAGAAAUAUGACAAAAUUAAGACUUCGUGAAAAAUUAAUUUCUUGGUUACAAGAACAUCGAGAGAUUGAAUUAAAUUAUGUUAAACAAUUUAUUCAAUUAGCAAACAUUCAAAAAGGUCUUCACGCAUACAUUGAAACAUUGAAACAAAAACAAAAUUAAAUAUUUUUUUCUGUUACUAUGUAACAUUUAUUAUAAUUUAAUAAGAUAAUAUUUAUACAUUAUGUAUAUUUUUUAUAAAACAUGAUAUUAAGAAUUUUUCAUUA